AUGGAAGAGAAGAAAAAGAAAGGAUCCUGGGAGCCACAGAGCUUACGAACUGCUAUUGAUAAGGUUAUGUCAAAAGAACUGAGUGUAAGACAAGCUGCAAUGCAAUACAAUAUUCCUAAAAGCACUAUUCAUGAUAAAAUAAAGGCCCUAAAUCGAGGAGAAGAAGUAACAAUGAAACCAAAGUUAGGUAAGUUCACUAGCACCUUCUCAGCAGAGUAUGAACAAGUCUUGGUGGACCACAUAAAAGAUUUAUCGAAUAGAUGCAUGCCGCUCAUGAAAAAGGAGUUUCUAAAAUUAGCAUACGACUUAGCUGAAGUCAUGAAGAUUCCUCAUCGAUUUAAUAAAGAAAAAGGCAGUGCUGAUGGCCAUUGCAGCCACAAGACAUUGGCGGUAAUCAGUUUUUGCAGAGAAAAUCAUAUUCACUUGAUAAGUUCACCACCACACACUACGCACAAGCUCCAGCCUCUGGACAGGACAUUUAUGAAGCCAUUUAAAGAUGCAUACAGCCAACGAUGCGACUUGUGGAUGAGAACAAAUGCUGGAUGUCGGAUAACGGAUUACGACAUUGCUGGUUUGGUCAAAGAAGCAUUUAUAAAAGUAGCUCGAUUGGAUAUUGCAGUAUCUGGAUUCAAAUGCACUGGAAUCCAUCCAUUUGACAGACAUUUAUUUUCUGACCUAGAUUAUUUGGCUGCAGAUAUGACCAAUAUACCACUAGAACAAACAGAAACUUCAUCGAACCCACUAAACAACGAACAAGCUGUCGUGAUAUCAAACUCAAUCAUAGAAGAGCAAAUAAAAGAAUCCGAACAAUCUAUUAGUGAGCCUAUAACCACAAGUCCCAAACCGUCGACAAGUUCUGCUCCCGAUCUUGUUCAGAUAAUCCAUAACUUAUCACCGUUGCCUGACGCAGCAAAAAAAACGAACAGCAGCUCGAAAAAGAAAGAGUGA